GACUUGCGCAGGGGGCCGCGGCGGCGCGGGGCCUGCCAACGCGACGAGCCUGGCGUCAAUGGGCGAGGGCGGCCUGUCCUACGUGGGGCAGGGCUUCCUGGGCGACGCGAGCGCCGCCGCCCACGAGGGCCCCGGCGAGGUGCUGAUCGUGCCGGCGGUGGCCGGCUGCCGCUGCGACUACCGCUGCGUCGCCCUCGACGAGUACCGCAGCAUCACGCAGUGCAUCUGCCCCGAGCGCUGGAAGCUGGCCCCCGACAACGUCUCCUGCGUCAGUUCCGGUGAUCCCUCCCUGCCCACUAUCAUCUGGCUUGUAAUGGCCAUUGUGGCAAUUAUAUUGCUGUUCAUCGCUCUAGGAGGCACAUGUUUCUGCCUUUACAAUCGCUAUCAACGGAAAAAAGUGUCUCUACCACGACAGCAAGUGCUCAGUGAAGCAGAUCUACAACUGAAUAGAAUUCGACCUCGAGAAAGACAUAUAAAUUAUGAAUAUAAUCCAAAUUAUGAAUUUGGUGGGGGCACAUACAGUGUUCAUGAUCUGAAAGAUAUACCUCGUGACCAAUUACGUCUAGUAAAGGCGCUGGGGCAGGGCGCCUUCGGAGAGGUGUACCAGGGCUUCUACCGCCACCGCUCGGGCGACGCCGUGGAGAUGCCGGUGGCCGUGAAGACGCUGCCCGAGCUGUCCACCAAUCAGGCGGAGACGGACUUCCUGAUGGAGGCACUCAUCAUGAGCAAGUUCAACCAUCCCAACAUCGUGCACUUCAUCGGCGUGUGCUUCGACAAGCAUCCGCGCUUCAUCGUGCUGGAGCUGCUCGCCGGCGGGGACCUCAAGACCUUCCUGCGCGAGUCGCGCCCCAAACCGGAGCGCCCAUCGCCCCUCACCAUGCGCGACCUGCUGCGCUGUGCCAUCGACGUGGCCAAGGGCUGUGACUACAUGGAGAACAACCGCUUCAUCCACCGGGACAUCGCGGCGCGCAACUGCCUGCUCACCACCAAGGGGCCCGGCCGCGUCGUCAAGAUCGCCGACUUCGGCAUGGCGCGCGACAUUUACAGGGCGGACUACUACCGCAAGGGCGGCAAGGCCAUGCUGCCCAUCAAGUGGAUGCCCCCGGAGGCGUUCCUCGACGGCAUCUUCACCUCCAAGACUGACGUCUGGUCGUUUGGCGUGUUGCUGUGGGAGAUCAUGUCGCUGGGCUUCAUGCCGUACACGGGCUGCACCAACCGCGAGGUGAUGCAGCUGGUGACGAGCGGCGGCCGCCUGGAGCCUCCCAGCAACUGCCCCGGGCCACUGUACGGCGUCAUGACGCAGUGCUGGCACCCCAACCCCGACGAGCGGCCAUCCUUCUCCACCAUCAUGGAACGCCUCGGCUACUGCAUGCAGGACCCCGACGUGGUGAACGCGCCGCUGCCCACCUUCAACCGGCCGCCGUCGACGGAACGCGACGCCACCAUCAUGCGGCCGCCGGACAGCGACACGGAGUGCCUGCGCGUGCAGCGCGCCGCGGCCGACUACCUGGUGCCGCUGCCCGCGCCGGCCUCGGCCUCGGCGUCGGCGUCGGCGUCUGGCGCGGCGUCCGCGGGCGCGUCGUCGCCCGCGUCGUCGACGACGUGCGCGUGCCCCGGCGGCAGCCCCGGCGCCGCCGACCGUCUGCCCGCCUCGCCCUCCGCCAGCAGCGUCGACAAGCUGCUGGGCGGCUCCGACGACUGGGAGACGAGCUUCGUGCUGCCCGAGUCGCGCUCCACGCAGCCGCUGCUGGAGGCGGACGGCGCCCUGUCGUCCGGCCACGGCAGCCCUGCGCUGGCCCCCGCCCCCGCCCCCGCCUCUCUUCCCGCCGCCGAGGGCGACGACUCUGUCGCCGACCUCUGCAUCCAGGCCGCGGUCGCGGCUGCGGCAGCCGCCGCCGCCGCUGGAGCGUCCCCCGGCCGUAACCACAACAACAACAAUAACAACAACAACAACAACAGCUCCAAUCACAACAACAACAAGUCGUCGAGCGUGGCGAACGUGCCGCCGCUGGCACCGCCCGCAGCCUUCAAAUCGCCGAUGCCCAUGCCACUGGCGCUGGACGCGGCGUCGCUGGCCAAGGGGCCCUUGGCGUACGUGAACGUGAGCAUGACCCCGACGCGCGCGCGCCCCGCGGCGCCCACGGACGACGACGCCGCCGGCCGCCCCUUCACCGUGACGGAGGCGGCCGCCGCGGCGUCGCGGCGCCUAAUCGCCGACGCCGACAUCUCGGUAAAAAGUAACCAUUUAAUUUAUUUUCAAAAAUGUAUUGACAUCUCAAUUCAGAAAGAAAUUAAGCGAUCUUCCAAAACAUUGGUUAAUGAUAUAAAAAUUAACAAUAAAUUAUUCAAAACUUUGGGGAAGUUUGCAAGGAAUGAAGUGCUA